ACGAUGGCAAAAAAAAAAUAUGGCAGCUUUUGCCUUAUCCGUCCCCCUUUCUCCACCUCCCUCGGCCCCUCUUGAGAGAAGUAACCCAGAUUUUCAAAUGAAUCGCUUGCUAGUCUCCUCAAUCUCUCUCUCUCCUGUCCUCUCUCUCUUCCUUUCUCUCUCUUAUCUUUCCGUCCUCCUCUUGGUAAAAACGGGACCAAUCUUGGAAAGCGAGUAGCACCUCUCCUCUCCUUUUCUCGUCCUCCUCCUCACCCUGCCUGCGGGUUAACGGAUAUUUACAACUUCUAUCUUUGGUUCCGGGAACACUCGAAUCACAGUCUCUUGCUGUCAUUUGGUCGAGAAAGCUUCCUUCUUUUUUAAAUUUGCGCCGGCUCGUUUCCUUUUUACUUGUGGUAUUUUUGGGUGUCCCCUGGUACUUUUUUUUUUUCCUCAUCUCUGAGGUGACUGUACAGGUGAGGGCAGAGGAAGUGAAGAAAGAUACUCAUCGCUCAAGCCUUCCUCCAAAAUACAUUUUCAGGCGCCAUGUCCACUCCCGCUUCCCCUUCCCCGGUGACACUGGCCUCCCCGACAUCGGGCGCCUCGCCGCUGCCCUCGCCCCUCUCGCCCCCGCCCAGGGUGCCCGUGUUCCAGAGGAAGGGCGCCCUCAAGCACAAGAGGAUUGUGGAAGUGAAAGAUCACCAAUUCACGGCCCGUUUCUUCAAGCAGCCCACCUUCUGUAGCCACUGCACCGACUUCAUCUGGGGCAUCGGCAAACAGGGAUUCCAAUGUCAAGUUUGCAGCUUUGUGGUGCACAAAAGAUGUCACGAGUUUGUGACCUUCACCUGUCCCGGCUCAGUGACGGCCCCCAGACCAGAUGACCUGAGGAGUCGCCACACAUUCAAGAUCCACACAUACUCCAGCCCUACCUUCUGUGACCACUGUGGCUCGCUUCUCUACGGCCUCAUACAUCAGGGCAUGAAAUGUGCCUGUUGUGACAUGAACGUCCAUCGACGGUGUGAGACCAGCGUCCCCAGUCUUUGCGGCCAGGACCACACAGAGAAGCGGGGCCGAAUCCACUUGACGGUUCGAGGCGAGAAGGAAGAUGUCUUUGUCACAGUGCGGGAGGCUCGUAACUUGAUGCCCAUGGAUCCAAAUGGCCUGUCAGACCCGUACGUUAAACUCAAAUUGAUUCCCGACCCCAAGAGCCACAGCAAGCAGAAGACCAAGACCAUUCGCUCCACACUCAAUCCAGUCUGGAAUGAGAGUUUUACUUUUUCCGUGCGCGGCCACCAGUGGGACCGGCGUCUGUCAGUGGAGGUGUGGGACUGGGACCGCACGUCCCGCAACGAUUUCAUGGGCGCACUGUCCUUCGGGGUGAGUGAGAUAUUCCGGCGUCCCAUCAGUGGCUGGUUCAAGCUGCUGGACCAAGACGAGGGAGAGUAUUACAACAUCCACGUGCCGGAUCCCGACCUGCAGGAGCCCCAGCCGGACGGGGUCGCCCCGUCGCUGCCUCAGGUGGGAGUGCCCGCCCCGUCUGAACCCGUGACCCUGCCCCUGACCCCCGUGCCCUCCUGUCCUCCCGCCCACUUUCACGGGCCGGGCAAGGGCAGAGUGGGCAUUCGUGACUUCAACUUCCUCAUGGUGCUGGGCAAAGGCAGUUUUGGCAAGGUUCUGCUGGCCGAAGAGCGAGGCAGCGAGCGUCUUUUUGCCGUCAAGGUCCUGAAAAAAGACGUCCUCUUCCAGGAUGAGGACACGGAGAGCGCCCUGGUGGAACGGAGGGUCCUGGCACUCCAGACACGUCCUUACUUCCUCACCUCGCUCUACUGCGCCUUCCAGACUGAGGAUCGCCUGUACUACGUGAUGGAAUACGUCAACGGAGGAGACCUGAUGUUUCACAUUCAGAUCGUCGGGAAGUUCAAAGAGCCUCACGCCGCGUUUUACGCAGCAGAGAUUGCGGUGGGGCUUUUCUUCCUCCACAGCAAAGGGAUCAUCUACAGGGAUCUCAAGCUGGACAAUGUGCUGCUGGACAGCCAGGGCCACAUUAAGAUUGCCGACUUUGGGAUGUGCAGGGAGGGCAUGUUUGAGGGGGACACCACGCACACCUUCUGUGGCACCCCGGACUACAUCGCCCCUGAGAUUGUGGCGUAUCAGCCCUACAACAAAGCCGUGGACUGGUGGUCUUACGGAGUGUUGCUCUAUGAAAUGUUGGCAGGACAGCCACCUUUUGACGGCAUCGAUGAGGAGGAGCUUUUCCAGUCCAUCAUGGAACAGUGCGUCUCCUACCCCAAGAGUCUCUCGCGAGAAGCUGUCGCCAUCUGCAAGGGACUGCUCACAAAGCACCCCGCCAAGCGCUUGGGCGGCGGGGAGGACGCGGAACGCGAGAUCAGGGAACAUCCCUUCUUCCGCUGGAUGGACUGGGACCGUCUGGAGAGGCUGGAGAUCCCGCCUCCCUUCAUCCCCAGAUCAGGCGGCAAAAAAGGGGAAAACUUCGACAAGUUCUUCACGGCAGCCCCGUCGGUGCUUACUCCCUCGGACCCAGACGUGCUGGCCGCCGUCAACCAGGAAGACUUUCAGGGGUUCUCCUUCCUCAACCCUGAGUUUGCCCCCUCUCCCCUCACCGCGGUAUAAAAACAACCGAAACGACAAUAGUCUCAUUUUUCCAUUCUAGAGGGUUUUUUUUUUUUAAAUAAUAGCAGUAUGAUGUCAUCAUUUUGCAUGCAAACUAUCUAGACUAUAUAUAUAUUUUUUUUACUCUAUUCUCAUAGAGAUUCCCAUAAAUAUUUUGCGCUGUGAUGUGGACAACAGAUUAAUUGUGGUAAAAAUCCACAAAUUAGAGAAUCAGUUAGCGCAGGUUUUUUUUUCCAUAUCGGUGGCAUCAGACGAGAACAGAAAUUGUGUUUGUAUUUGAUUUUUAUUUUGUGGUAAUUUUAUUUGAUUCUUGUUUUUUGUGAUUUUUUAUUGUAUUCAUUUGUUAAGUAUUUGUAUUUGUUUUAUUUAUUUUUGUUGAUUUUAUUUACUUUUUUUUUUACAUUGUACGUAUUUUUCUUAUGAUUUAAUUUAACUUUUUAGUUUUGUUUCGGAAUGUACAGGAUGUAAUUUGAUGUAUUUAAUUGUAGACAGACAUUCGGUUGAAGAUUUGGUUGGAGUCGUUGUCCUCCAAAAUUGUCACACACACACGCACACACAGACAGGAUGACCCCACAUGACCCGCUUAGAAGCCACGCUGACAUUGGCUUUGAGCUUCAAAAGCUGUCUUUGUCAUUGUCACCCUUAACCGCCUCAAAUCAGACCCACUUAUCUGAAUUCUUGUCAUUAUUUUUACCUAUCACCGUAUAAGGCCCAAAUUUAUUCUUGGGGCUAUGUAUGCUCGUGCAGUUUUCCAGCGCGGGAUGACGUCCCAGCAGCCUCAUCGAUUAGAUGUAAUUAAAACGGAAGCGGUUCAAUAUGGUGAGCAAAUAAUAGCGUCAACUGUCAUCGGGCGCUAUCUGAGUCUGGCCAGGUGGCUGGAUGGAAAGUACGUUGCGCAUUUAUUGGAUAUCCUUCAUAGCCAACUCAAGGUGCUCGUUUGUUCUUUGUAAGAAAAUUCAGCGCGCUAGCAAAUUUACCUCACAGGUAAUGUUUAUUUUGUUUUUGUCGUCCUUAUCUGGCACAUCUCGCUCCUUUCAGAUUAUUUCCCAGCGAGCUGAGUUUAAAUGACCCCAUAAUUUAGAUCUGAUCUUUUUUUUGUUUUUGAAGAUAGCGCAGACAAUUCCAAAGGUUUAGCUUGUGACUGUGUGUAUAUAGUCCGUGUGUUGAUUGUGAUGGGGGGAGUGCAAAUGGAACCAUAAAAAAGAAUAAAGAGCAGCGGUGAAGCUGCGGAGA